AACACCGCUCUCUGCGGGACUUCGGUCGUCGAUUGUCCACGAAUUCGGUCGUUUGCGUCUGCACCAACUGCGCUCUAUUCGCUCUCUCUCGCGGCUCGCGUGAAAGUCGUAAAGUUACGCUAGCUCUCCACGAUACCAAAAACCGAAAAGCACAAACAAAAUUCGCCAGCGGUAGAAAACCGAUUGAAACUGCAAUUGCAAUGCCUAAAAUGCGUACGUGAGUUUCGCGCAGUGUUUGCUGUGAAAGUUCAAGUGAAAGCAGAAAGCAGAAACAAAGCGAGAAUACUUGCAAAGCAAUAAACCAAAAAAAAAGUGCAAAAAUACCUAAAGUUUAAACAAAACAAAAGAAACAAGUAAAACAAAAAAAACCAUGGCCAUGUUGUGUCCGCCGAUGGGCUUGGGUCAUCCACAUGCCGCUCCCGUGCCACGCCCACCGCCCAGCACGUCGGAGAAGAAGAGAAUCCGUCGCAAUCUAUUCAAUACCGUUCCCAGGGACUCGGAGAUCGAUCAGCUGUUGGCCCAGGAGCAGCACAUGAAGCGAUUGUACGUCAAGGAGCGCUACGGAUUCGACAUCCAGCUGGAGGCUCGUCGCGAUGCGGAUGCCGCUGCGAAUGCGGUUAGGGGUACGGAUGCGGAUACGGAUAGGGAUGCCCAUGCGCUGCGCGGAAUGCGGUAUCCAACCACACAGAUGAUACCCAGCACCGAUGCUGAUGAGUGCAAUCCGAAGGCAGUCAGCGACGCGUCGAGGGGCAUGGCCCUGACUCCCGCCCAGAUCUCCGCCAGCGCACAGCUGAUCCUCCAGAAAAGCAACAGCAGUGCGGAUUUGGCCAACAGCACGAGACAUGGCCAAAAGCCAUAUGCGACGCAGCCACAAGGCCUCAAAGGCAUGUACAACGUUCGCAAGGCCGUUAAGGGUAUUUCGAAAGUCAACGUCAAGAAUAGUUACAACAACGACAACAGCAUCAUCAUCAGCAGCAGCAGCAACAACAACAAGAACAUGAUUAACAAUGUGGAUAAUGGUACUAGCGAAUUGGCGGAUCAGAAGCAGUAACUUGGGAUCGGGAUCAUGAAUGACGAUGACGACGGAGACGGAGACGGCGAAUGGCCCCUGGUGGAGCAAUAAUUGCAAUAUAUGAUAUUUAUUGUAAAUGUAAUUUUAAUUUCUAAAAUAAUUUGUUUAUUUUUUUGUACCCCCGCCAUACACAGACAAGUUUGUGUAUGGAUUGUACGUUUGUUUUAACGUAGACGGUCCCAAAAUGUUGUUGCAUAAAAAAUGAUUAAGUGAAUGGAAAAACAAAAAAAAAAUUAUGAAAAACAAAGCCAAUCAGAAACAACAACAAAACAAAAAACCCAGGAAAGAUCGGCGCGCGUGCACGGCCAAAAACAGGCAAAAAAAAAAACAAAAACAAAACUAUGAUUAAUAAUUAAUAAUAGUAAUAUAUCCGGAUGCAUGGCGAUAUCGGUCUUAUAAUGGAAAUUAUUAAGUUAUGGAUACGUGCUAAUGUUAGACAAGCGAUCGACGGCGCCAUGCAUCCAUUAUAUAGACUUUAAACCCCAACCCAAACCAAUUCAAGCGUUCUCAGCGUGUUUUCGGGUCCAGAUGCACGCGUGUGCCAAAAGUAUUUACAAUUUACUUUGUGUCAUGAUCUCAAUUAUUAAAAACAAUUUUAUUAUUUUGUUUAUCUAAAUGUAAUUAUAAUUGAAAUUAUUUAAAAAUUCUUCUUAGCCCUCAAACAAACACACUCACACUCUCACACACACACACCCCCUCUCAUACACACCCCACCCACACACACUUUUACACGCACUCACACACACACACACACACCCACCUACACUGUACUCAUAUUUAUUGUAUGUACAUUAUCGAUGUGACAUUUUAAAUUGUAUGUACUGUCUAUGUAUAAAAACUUCGUGUCUAUGGCCAAAUUAUUUCCCCUUUAAGAAACCCAACCCCCUUUUUCGAAAAUCUAUUUUGAACAACCAAACUGUGUAUAUUGUACGGAGUAUUACCAAAACUCCAAGCAGCUAAAUGAGAAAACCCACAAAAACAACAACAAAUACUGUGCAUAUUUCCUUAAAAACUUUGUACGAAAGCAAGAUGAAAAAAGAAAAAACUAUUCUGCUGUAGCAGAAAAAAAAA